GCCACGUCAAUAAAAAUUGAGCGGAACAAAAAAAUCAAUCUCCAACCCAAAUGUCUAUUCUCAAGUGUUGCUGAGUUGGAUCUCAAACUGUCAAUUGGAAUUUCCGAUUUCAGCAAGAGCGUGAGACAGUAUGACUAAGCAAACUAGUUAUUUAUUUAUCUACUUAAAUUAAAAACCUACGAAAAAAAUAGCGCCAAUCUCAAAAGAAGUACCGCCAAAUAAUUGAAGUUGUGGAGUUCUGCGCCAAAGAAAUAGGACGGAAUCACGGAAGUGGAGUGCUAUCCUCUGCGUAAUAUAUAGAAACAGAAAUUUUCUGCAAAAAAUCAUCUUCUAGCUUCUUCUCUGAAAUAUCAGGUAAUAUUUCAGAUUGUUGUUUGCUAUUAAUUCUUCACGAGCGCAUUCCUCCUAACUCCCAACAGCUUCUCAAGCAGCCGCCAUCUUUUUCCUUCCCUAAGCGUUAGUUUUUUUUAGACUUCUUUUAAUUUGAUUAUGGCCUCACUAUAUAAUUUGAUAUUUUAAUGACUUGUGCAUAUAACUAAAAAGAUUCCUAAUUCGAUGUAGAGCAAUUGUUCUAAUUUUGAUGAUAUAUUUUUUUUUAUGUUUUCCUUCCAAUUUGAUCUCUCUAAAUAUUUGCUAUAUUAUUUGAUGUCUAUGAUUAUAUUUUGUGCUUGGGAUUUUAUAAAGUCUGAUUUGGCUGCGUGUGAUUAAAGAAUCAGCUUUAAUAAAUUGUAUAAAGCAGUUACUCCUGCAGUAGCUGGAUCUAUUUUAUCAUGUCUAAACCACUCCAAAUACGUAGUAUUUGAAACAACUCAAGCUUCAUGUGAUUAAAUCAUUCUGACAACCAAAGAUGACUUGAUCCAUUUGCAUAAAUUGAUAACUUGUAUGAGUAUCAUCAUUAUCAUGGGCUGCAACAAAGGAACACUAAUUGUUAGUUAUCUAAUUGUGCUUCUUAUUUAUUACUAUAUUACUUCUAUACACAUACAUAUAUGUUGAAAUACCAUUAAAUUUAUAACAAAGGAUUGGAUUUCAAUCAAAUGAAGUGGACAGAGAUGCAUGCCUGCUACAAAUUCAAAAUUUCAACAUUGGAUGUAAUUAAAUUCAGUCCAUAUGUUUUAGGGUGCUAGAUUAUUAUUGUUUGUGAAAAGUAUAUGAUUUGGUUAAUGCACAUCUUCAUAAUGAAUUUUCAUACAGAUGGACUCCACACCUCACUCUUCUCACCGUGAAAGUCAUGAGUACAAUACUGAAGCUAUUGACCCCAAUCCUCAGUAUGGUAACAUUACACAAAUCCAGUCACUACCUCCAGUGUCAAAUUCUAGCCACUUUGGUCCAUCAAACUUGGCUGGUCAUCCUAGUUUUUUUAUGAAUACUUCAUUUCCUUCUCAUGCCCUCUCACCCUACGGAUACGGUUUCCCUUUCCAAGAUCUGUUACACUCUUCUAGUAUCCCAUUUGAAAACCCAGUUCCUAAAACAAGUAAAGGACCACAGAAAGGUGACAAGGGCAAACAAAAAACAAGUACCUCUCAAACUGCUGGAAGUAACAAAAAUUGGACCAAAGAUGAGGAAGUUGCACUAACAGAGGCAUGGUUGUAUGUUUCUGUUGACGCUGAUGUUGGUAACAAUCAGAAAAUUUCUAAUAUGUGGAACCGCAUUGCACAAAUUUGGAGGGAAAAGAUGGAAACCUAUGACGAGUCUCGCACAACAAAUAGCUUACAAUGUCAUUGGUGUAAAAUCUUAGCUGCAGUGAAUAAGUUUCAUGCAUUGUUUGAACGACUAUUAAGAAAUCCUAAGAGUGGUGCGAGCCAAGAAGAUAUGAGACGAGAAGCAAUGCGUAUGUUUGAAGAUAUUAAUGAUGGUCAAUCUUUCAAGUAUGAACAUUGUUGGGAGAUCAUGAAAACAAAUCCCAAAUGGUGUACAAAAGAGGUUACCAAGGUAAAAGAAUUGUCCAAGCAAAGGGCUGCUUCUGAUACAAAUGUUGACACCAAGGUACCAUCUACUAUACCAUUGAUUGAUGCUAAUAAAGAACAGGAUGAUAUCAACAUAGAUGCUCCUAGUGCUAUUAACGGCAGUGAUGUUGAGCGCCCACAAGGAAGAAAGGGAACUAAAGAGAAAAAAAGGAGACUGAAUGAAGAAAAAGGUGUGGUUGAUGUAUUGAGUAAGAUGCAGACUAUUCUUGAAAAACAAAUCAGCGUUAGUGAGGAAGAGCUCAAGAUGAAGAGGGAAAAGGACAUCAAAGACUUUGAUCUCAAAGAAAAAAUAAUGAAAAAAGAAGUGGAGUUCAAAGAGAAUGCUCAUAAAUUGAAAGCGAAUGCUCAGAAAUUAAAAGAGAAAGAUCAGCAGUUAAAAGAGAAUGAUCAGAAGUUAAAGGAGAAAGCUCAAAAGAGACAAGACCAGGAACGUAUUUUAAAUCAAGAUGUCAACAAACUUCCAUUAGGCAUGAGAGAAACAUUUGAGAAAUACAAGUGUCAAGUUAUAAAAGAAUGGGAAAAUGAUGGACUUUUUGGUCAUGGUACCAUUUAGAGUCAAUGACCAUUUAUUGAUGAAGUUGAUCCAGUUCCCUUAUAAGCAGUAACUUGUAGUGGUUUUACUUGGAUGGAAGAAAUCAAAAGAUUCUUUAUUUGUUUAGUUAGCUUGCUAUGUUUACUUUAUUAGACUCAAAUACUCUUUCGUUUAUGUUAUUUAGUUGAACUUUGAAUUGUUGGAGCACUAGUUACCUAAAUUUUACAUUAAUUCAUUCAUUUAUUUAGC